UUAUGUAAUCUAAUUAGCUGUAGUGAGUGAGUGUCUCUAGAACUCUGUGUGCUCGUUCUCUCGUCCGCCGCGAGUCAAUCAGAGCAGACGCUGCAGCUGCUGAAAUGCGUGUAGACAGACGCCGCCCGUACCAAACCUCUGCAGUGCGUCUGAGAGUGUGAGAACUGAAGAGACGGCGUGUCGUUGCCGUGGAGGAACACAGGAAUCCCAGAGCGCCUCUGUUUCCACCACCGUUUGUCUCAUGCUGAGAGACAAUAUUGAGACAUUUUUCUUCUAGACAACAGCAACUAAAUAAAUAGCAGCGAGCUUAAAUCAGGCAGUGUGAAGGUCGAUAUUAAAUAACGUCUCGUCACGCAAUAAACGUCCUGAGUGCGUUUCAGAGCCCGCUCUACCCUUCUGUGUCAAACGCUUCUCUCACGACUAACCGAUUAACACUCCGGUCACCCGCCGUCAUCACUGACAGGCUGAUGUGUGGUUUUGUAGGGGCUGUUUCUGGUCUGAGCGUUUAAUUUUUUUUCCCCCUCUGCACUGAGUCUCAUUGCGGCAGCAUCAGGUCCCAGCAUGCCGUGCUGCAGCCUCCCCUCCCCGAGCGGCGCAGCACACUCACGGCCUAAGGUCCAUAUCUUCUCCCGGAUGGAGGCGUUCCUCUGUCACUCCCCGCGUCACCACCUUCCCGUGUCCGGGGUGUCAGCAUGACAUUGAUCUUGGGGAGCGAGGGAUCAGUAUGCUCUUCCGGAACUUCACGCUGGAGAGCAUCGUGGAGCGAUACCGUCAGGCGGCCCGCGCGGCCGUCGCCAUCAUGUGCAACGUGUGCAAACCGCCCGUUCAGGAGGCCACCAAGAGCUGCAUGGACUGCAAGGCCAGCUACUGCAACGAGUGCUUCAAGAUGAACCACCCGUGGGGAACGCCGAAAGCCCAGCACGAGUACGUGGGACCCACCACCAACUUCAGACCGAAGGUGUUGAUGUGUCCCGAACACGAGAUGGAGAAGGUCAACAUGUACUGCGAGGUGUGUCGGCGUCCCGUGUGUCAUCUUUGCAAGCUUGGCGGAUCUCACGCUAAUCACAAAGUCACGUCCAUGAGCAGCGCCUACAAGAUCCUCAAGGAGAAGCUAUCGAAGAGUAUCCAUUACUUAAUUAGCAAAGAAGACCAAGUGAGGACUCAGAUUUCUGAAAUGGAGGUGUUGAUCAGUCACACAGAGGAAAACGGGCAGCUCGCAGAGAGACGGGCCAACGAACACUUUGAGCGUCUCUUCGAGACCCUUCAAGAGAGAAAGACUGAGAUGUUGAGGUCCAUCGAGCAGUCCAGGAACCUGCGCGUGCACCGGCUCCGGGCUCAGGUGGAGGAGUAUCAGGGCAUGCUGGAGAACAGCGGCCUCGUGGGAUAUGCCCAGGAGGUGCUGAAGGAGACUGACCAGUCCUGCUUCGUUCAGACAGCCAAACUGCUGCACGUCAGGAUUCAGAAAGCCACCGAGUCCCUGAAGACCUUCCAGCCCUCGGCGACCCCGUCGUUUGAUGAGUUCGUGUUGGACACGUCGAAGGAGGAGAUCUUACUGAAGGAGCUCAGCUUCGGUGGCGUUCCUGAACCUCCUGUGAUUGACCUUUCUCUCUGCCGCGUUUACAACGAGGGCCUGAUCCACUGGCGUCUGUCUGAAGACUCGCUGCCCACAGAUCAUCAUAUUGUGGAGUUCAGGAAGCUGGGCGGCGAGGAUGAGGAGGAGGAGGAAUCGCGCUGGAUGGUGACCGAACGCGUGUACGGCUCCAGCACAGUGGUGUCGGAUCUGGCCGGCGACUGUCGUUACGCCUUCAGAGUGAAGAGCUGUCGUAACGGCCUGUUCAGCCCCUGCAGUCCUGAGGUGACCUUCCACACGCCUCCGGCUCCAGUGUUUGGCUUCCUGUUUAAUGAGAAGUGUGGAUUCAGUGCGGAGCGGCUGCAGCUGAGCAAACGCCGGGACUCUGUGGAGAGCGUGGCGGGAAUGAGUUUCCUUUUGGCCGCAGAGCGCGUCCAGACGGGAAGUUACAUAUGUCUCGACUACAUCAUCGGUGAUUCGGGCAUCUCUCAUGGCCGCCAUUACUGGGCUUUCCGUGUGGAGCCCGAUUCCUAUAUGGUGAAGGUCGGAGUGGCAUCUGACUGCAAACUAACAGAGUGGUUCCACAACCCUCGUGACACCAGCAGCCCCCGGUAUGACCAUGACAGCGGGCACGACAGCGGCAGCGAGGACACCUGUUUCGAGGUAUCGCAGCCCUUCACGCUGGUCACUGUUGGCAUGGGCCGUCUCUUCAUCCCCAAAGCCUCCGUCAGCGCCGCCUCAGGGGAGCACGGCAGCCGCGUCCUGCCCGCGCCGCAGAGGAUCGGAGUCUGCCUGGACUACGACGCCGGACGGGUGUUUUUCUAUGAUGCCGACAGCAUGCGCUGCCUGUACGAAAGACAGGUGGACUGUUCUGGCACCAUGUACCCUGCGUUCGGACUCUUGGGCGGGGGGGCGGUCCAUCUGGAAGAGUUCAUCACAGCCAAGCGGCUGUCGUACAUGUGAGGGAUCCUGUUUUGGGGCGUCCCGGAAUAUUGGUGUCUGUUAGUAUUCUGUGUAGUUCUCUUGAGUUCCUCAGUAGAUCGUCGUGUGGGUCGGCCGGUGGCGUGUCGCUGUCCAAUUAUACAAGUGAAUCUGGUUCAAGAGCCAAAUCCGAUCUCGAGUGCCUACGUGCCUUCAAUGACAUCAGCCGAGCGGAAGUUUCACACAGACCAUCAGGUUUCACGCAGGGCACCUUAAUACACCGAAAUAUAAUGCAAAGCCUCACAAUGUCACUUUCUGAACAAUGUGCACUGAUACUGUUGAUUACUUACCAUCGUUUACACGCAGUUAAUGAGCUUAAGGAUGAUUUGAACACAAGAAUUCACUACUGAUUGUGCACGGUUUUCUUUUAUUGUAGCAGCACCUGCAAAACUUAGAAAUGUUUGAGAAUAAAUAAAAACAAAUCAGUCUGUCCUAGAAUAUCAUGUAGAUAUGAUUGUGUGCUAGAGUUUGAUGAAACGCAUGAAACACCUUUAAACGAAAUGUAGCCUCUGAAUCAAACCGGUGCUGAUCAAACUGAACCUAAAUAUGAUUCUAUGAGACAGACCUGAACACCUUAAAUGUACUUACUGUAUGCACUAUAAUUGCCAAGGCAGAUGUCUUGACUGGACUAAUAUGGCCUUAUUGAAUAAUCGCAGGCUCGUCGCUUCAUUAGGCAGAUUACAGGCUAGAAAGGGAUUGGACUGUCUUGACUGACUCCUGCUGGGAUAUUUGAGUGAUUCUGCAGGCACUACCUACCUCUGAGUGAAGCUGGUUCUUGUAGUUUAUGUAGUUGUGCUGCACAAGUCUUGUGAUUUGAUUCGUAUUCUUCUGAGGAGGAUGUAAACAUGUUGGAGCAUUUUAGGGACGCGUCCUACUACUUGAUAGUGUGUUAUUCUGUGAGUUAUUUCCCUCUUUAUCUUGUCAGUAAAAUCUCAUGCUAAUCAUUUUGGUACAUAUUAAGCAAUGUGAGCGCAUAAAAGGAAACUUGACUUCUGAACACUUUAGACGAUUAGAUUGAGCUUUUACAUGUUUGUGAUCAAUUUAAAAAGUGUGUUAAUGUAUGAAAUCAGUGGUUUUUCCAGAAGGACUAGUGUGCCGUGUGUGCAAUUCCACAGUUUUCUUUCAGGGUUUUUUAGUUGCUAUAUGAUUUAAUUUUCACUUUUUCACACACUCACUAUCAGAGCGGUUUAUUUUGUUGGGUUCGAUGAGAGUUAAUGCACUGGUUCACUUGUUUCAGGUGUGUCAUGUCACAGAACGUGUGUGUUUUGGAAGCCUGUAACCAAAUGCUUUUCCAGUUUCUUGUACAUGUUAAACUGGGUCUGUAAUCGUUGCGGUGUGUCGUGUGCGGUACUGAGCUCCAGGUAGCACUUUAAAGCAUGUCAGCCACUGAGCUUGAUGCAGGUGCAAUAUCAUGUAGAAGACAGGUGGCGCUGUACGAUGCUUUAAUGGACACAAGGAUCUGUCUCUGUCACCUGCUGUUAUUUUUAAUGUACUGUGGGCUUUUGUAUAAAAUAAAUGAAUGUCCUUUUA